AUUGUCCAAUUCCUCUCAAAUCUUGAAAAAAAACUCCACUUUUUUUCACAUUUCAAGAAUCAAAGAUCAAAAAUCAAGAAUCUUUCUGUAUAGACAACAUUGUAUUGUAUAUACCAUGUUGUCUGUCACCCCACUUCAAUCCAAGCCAACCCCAACCUCCAAUUCAAAUCGUUUCUCUAAUCUCACCAACCCCACUAGCAGCACCAACCGCCGCCGCCAUUUCUCUGUGUCUUCUCCAUCAGAAGUCAGCCACCACCGUGGCCGUCGUCGUCUGAGUAUCAAAGCUAUUGAUGCUGCACAGCCUUAUGAUUAUGAAGCAUUGGUGUCAUAUCAAUAUGCUCAGUCAGGUAGGCUAAAAAUUGCCAUAGUGGGGUUUGGUAAUUUUGGUCAGUUUCUUGCAAAAUCCUUUGUUACUAAAGGUCAUGUUGUAAUGGCUCAUUCAAGAACAGAUUAUUCCCAAAUUGCUAAUUCUUUAGGGGUUUCUUUUUUUCAAGAUCCACAUGAUCUUUGUGAGCAACACCCUGAUGUUAUUGUACUUUGUACUUCAAUAAUUUCAACUGAAACUGUUCUUAGGUCAUUACCAAUUCAAAGGCUGAGGAGGAACACAUUGUUUGUUGAUGUUUUAUCAGUAAAAGAAUUUCCAAAAAAUAUUUUUCUUCAAGUUUUGCCUACCCAUUUUGAUAUUCUUUGUACUCAUCCCAUGUUUGGACCUGAAAGUGGUAAGGAUAGUUGGAAAGAUUUGAUCUUUAUGUUUGAUAAAGUUCGAAUUGGUGAAGGGAGAUCAAGAACAGCAAGGGUUGACAAGUUUCUUGAUAUAUUUGAGAAAGAAGGGUGUAGGAUGGUGCCAAUGACAUGUGCUGAGCAUGAUAAACAUGCUGCAGGUUCACAGUUUAUUACACAUACAAUGGGGAGGGUGUUGGAGAAGUUGGGUUUGGAGACAACUCCUAUUAAUACUAAAGGGUAUGAGACUUUGUUGAAUCUGGUGGAUAAUACUUCUAGUGAUAGCUUUGACUUGUACUAUGGGCUGUUUAUGUACAAUAAAAAUGCUAUGGAGGAGUUGGAAAGACUUGACUUGGCUUUUGAGGCUUUGAAGAAGGAGUUAUUUGGGCAUUUACAUGAUUUGUUGAGGAAGCAAUUGUUUGGGAAGGCGGAGGAAGCAGGACAGAGGCGUGUCUUAACCAAGUUGCCGAGGAAUGGCUAUGCGCUGCCAGCCCCUUCAUCGGAUGCUGUUAAACCUGAGAACAACUGAGGGAAUUCUGAAUCUUGGUAUGUCUGCAUUUUUUGUUGGUGACCUCUUGCUUUGGGAUUCAAAGGAUGUAUUAUUAACACAAUCUUUAAUGUGACAAUUCAAUAAUAGCAAUGUAACUAUGCUACAAGGACAUACUCAUUCUGUUGUUUAUCCUGCUGUGUAAUGAGAAGAUUAAAGAGAAGCACUAGUUCAACCUUAGAGUUGGGGUUAGGUGUUGAGUUGUAAGAUCAUCAAAAGAACUAUAUUUUGACCUGUAACGUCAUCCUUUUGAUAUUUUAGGAACAUUUGUGGCAGGAGAGUGACUUUUGAUGUGAUUACAUUUCAGAUGUUGAAGAAUGUAGUUUAGGAUGGAAAUUCAGUUAACAGUUCUAUUUGUUGCUGGAUAAGCUAUUCUAUAUCUAAUGUAUUUAUGUUUGAAGA